GAUAAAAUGGAAACCAAAUGACAAGAAAACAUGAAUUCCUGAAGGAAUAAAUAAAGAAACCAUUAAUUUGUGUAGCAGAAACCAAGAAACAUAGUCUAUCAGUUUCAAUUCUUCUAGAAAUAUACGUAAAGCGAACCGCAGAAGCAAUAUUUACCUGAAAGGUUCAUUAAUUAUGUAUGGAGAGUAUUGAUUGGAUGGGUAGAACUAUUGUCUCUGGGAACAACCAAUAAUCAGAGUCAGUCUAAUUAGUACCAGGUUGUGUCUACAUACAUCUGAAACGGACAACACAAAUCACUAAUGGCCGACAACCACAGGUAAAGAACACGAGGACACAAAGAUAGAAUGCUCAUCAACUAAGAAUAAGAACUUUGAGCUGUUUGGACACGUUUAGUUGACGUCAAGUUACAGUGUGAUUAGGAUAGGCUGAUAAAAAGACAGAAACAUGGGUAAUUGUGGAUCCAAGAAAGAAGAUAAAAAUCGUACGUACCACCUUCAGACUUUAACUAAACAUGGAGGGGGUAUUAACUGUAUGGCGGUCAGUGAGGACGGAAGUGUUCUUGGAACGGGUGGUGAGGAUAAAACGGCUUGUUUGUGGAGUACAAAAACACAGGAAUGUGAAUGCAUUGGUAUUUUACAAGGACACGACGAAUACAUAACUUGUAUACUUAUAGAAGAUUGUUUCGUGUUAACGGGGUGUGCUGACAAAACAGUUCGUAAAUGGGACGUUGGAACGUGUGAAUGUGUCUUGAUUUUGAAAGGGCACACAUCUGUGAUAUAUCGUAUGAUUUGUACUGGAGAUUUUAUUUUUACCAGUUCAUACGACAGAACGGCACGAUGUUGGGAUUUCGACACUGGAGAAUGCAUCCGAGUUUUUCGGGGUCACAAAAGAGGAGUAUAUCCUCUGAUUUUUAUCCCCGCGGAUGAAGACGAAUUAGAGAGUGGUGAUUUGGACAGUGACAUUUUGAUCACAGGGUCUGCAGAUUUCACCGCCCGAACCUGGAACUUUGAAAGCGGGAAAGAAAUUCGGGUUUUUAAAGGACACAAAGGCGCCGUCACGUGCAUGUCUGUUGACCCGACAGGCCGUGUUCUAUUUUCCGGAAGUACUGAUUUUACUGUCAGAAGUUGGGAUUUAAUGAAGGGGUCAGCUUUAAAGACAUUUGAAGGUCACCAAGGAUCAGUAAUCUGUAUGCAGGUUGUUAAUAAGAUUAUGUAUACGGGUAGCUCUGAUCAUACAGGGCGAUCUUGGGUUACAGAAUUUGGCGAUUGUACCCGGAUAUAUAAAGGACAUAAACACACUGUUAGUGUUAUCAAGGUGUUCGAUGGAUUAGUCUUUACUGCAUGUGGUGAUUCUAUUUGUCGAUGUUUUGAUGCUAAAAGCGGGGCGCCUAAAAGGGAGUUUAAGGGUCACGAGAACACAGUGACAGCACUACAGGUGGUUGAAGGUAAGCUAUUCACGGCGUCAUAUGACGGAAAUGUCAUGGUUUGGGAUUGUUCAGGAAUUAAAGACGACACCGUUUUCGGAAACGACGACGAUAAAGACAAAGAAAAGGACAAGUUCAAGGAAGUGGAGAAAUAUGGCGGCGACAUUAUGCAAGUUGACAAUAAUCAGAAUGGGAUUAACCAACCAAAUCAACCGACACCUGAUAAGAUAAUGAUAGAAUAACUGAUCAAGGCAACCAAUAGAAAACCAUUUUUGAUUAUUUUUAACUAUGACAAAUUUUUGAAUAUCAAUUUAGAUAUUGACCAAUGGACGCCUUGCUGCUAUAACCAAACAUAUUUACAAUUUUAGAGAAAAAAAACCGUACCUUUUCCUUGGCACUACAUCCAGUGAAAUACAUGAAUCAAAAACUGGAAAUUGACAAUAAUAUAUACAUUUAUCUGACUACAGUGCACAAUAGUUUUGAGUUACAUAUUUAGAUCGAUCAUCAAAAUACCUUUAAAUAUUUGAUCAUGAUUACAUUUUCCAUUAAACUCAGUGUGAUAUAAACUUAUUGGUCGGCUCAUUUUAAUGAAAAAUACGUUCUCUUGGAGACCAUAUAAUGUAUGGGGUUGGUAACACGAUAUAUUUGUAUUUAAGAUAAAAAUCAUUGUUUCAACAUCAUGUGGUCUUAUUUUAAUUUUAGAAAAUAAUGUUACACGUUUUCUUUUUCGAAGGAUUUGAGCUUAUUUUCCUCCAAAAAGUUUAAAUCCAUUUAAAUAGUUGUAACUUUCUUGGAGGCUUCAGAUCAUUAAUUUAUCCAAUUUGUGACCUUAAUGAAACGAUGGAUACACAAUUUGGAAAUGUUCGUAUUCGAAAUUGUUUAUUUAAAACUUCUCAUAAGAUCAGCUCAAGAUGAACGAAAAGAUUCUUUUACAGGUUAAAGCGACACAACCUAACACUAGCAAUUAACUACUUUGGAUAAAUCGAUAAAUAAAUUACUUUGAACAUGCAACUGAUAAUUGGACGUUUUUUCGUUCCGUAUAAGUUAUUCCCAGAAGAUCUAAAGUCCUGCUGAUUAUAUCUCAUUUAAUGGAAAAUAAUAUUUUAUUUUUUUUAUUUCAUUUUACUUUCUGACUGAUGUCGUUGAUACCCAAUCGUUUCGGUUAAAAUGAUAAGAUCUUAGGGGAUAUUUGAUAAAUGGCAACACUGACUUUUCUGUAGUGUAAUUAUUAUAUAUUCAAAUGCACUGUAUUUCAUCAAUUUCCUUCCGCUUUAUUUCAAAACUAAUCAUGCCAAUAUGCUUUGGUGAUGUCGAUUAGUUUUAGAUUUGUGCUGAUGUUAAAUUGUUGUGGUAUUUCUUUAAGAUAUUUAGACGUUGGUUACAUUUGAGCGCGGGCGCAUUGUCCCUGUAAAGUUGUUUUGGUGCAAUCUGAAUGUUUUUUAAUAUCUAACAGUUGUUAUUUUAUCGUAUGUGAUAUAUUUGUUUAUUAUACAUGAUGUUCGUUAAAACUGCUGAUGUAUUUAACUUUAAAGAUACAAACAUAUAUAUAUUUUAAUAUGAAAAAAAAUAUAUAUUUUAUUUGUCAAUGUAACUUUAAUUGCACUAAUUUUACAAUAUUUUGCAAUAUAUUUAUGUCUGAUGUACAUAACUUUUAUCAAAUCUCCGUCCAGACUUUCUAGUGGCGCUGGGUCUCUAUAUUUAGACUUGAAACCACUCUCAAGUUCUGUUUUGCUGGUUCUUAUAUUUUACAUACUUUAAUAUAUAUUUUGAAAAUGAUUUAUAAUAUUUCUAUUUAACUGCUGAAACUCCAUAUUCAUUAUGUGUUCCCCCAAAUUUGAGGAUUGGACAAAUGCAAAUUGGGAAUUAUUAUUGGUCAGAUAAUCUUUAUUAAAUCCAUGGCAGGUUGGAAUAAACCCUUCUGUGCUUUGCGAUAUCAUAAACCUUGGAGUAGACCACAGCAGAAGUUGUAAAGACAUUCUUGUAAUUCUAUGAUUUCUUGUGUGUCUUGCUGUUCAUGCAACUUUUAAUUAGAGCAAUCGAUUUAUCAUAUGCACAUUAUGAUCAUUUUGAUCAUUCGGUAGGCAUAUAUUGUUAUUGUAUGGACAUGGAUUUUGCCAUUUUAUGGACAUUAACUUUAGUUUUAUUGGUUAUUUUAUGUCCAUGAACUUGAUUAUUUUAUGGCCAUGAACUUUGUGUUUUCAUGUACAUGAAUUUUAUUGACAUGUGUACAUCAUGAUGACCCUUAGUACUUUUCUCCUAUAUACUAUGUACAGGUGCACAGCAAAGAUAUGUUUAUUUGUUAUUUUGGAAGACAUGAUACAGUGUACAUGGUAUAAUAUACUUUAUUAUUUUGACAUGCUUCUUAAGAUCUAGAAACUAAUCAAUAUUUCAAUCGAUGGUCAUUACAUUUAAAGUAGCUAAGUCUCUAACUCAAUAUCAUCAAAUAUCUUCGACAUUGAAAACACGAAUUAUUUGUCCAUUCAAAUCAACAUUGGUCUUGUGAUCUUACAGGGAGAAGAUGGGCUCCUGAUAUCCAAUAUUCAAGACAAAAUAAACAUUUUACCAUUGUUACACGUAUCGUGUACCAUAAUGCGUUUCAGCGCCAUUUGGAACAAAGGACUCAAAGAACAGGGCUAGACAUAUUCCACAAGUCACGUCAAAUAGUGACGCCAUAUUCUUAUCUGGAGUGCAUGCGCAAUAAAUAACAUCGGUGUAGACUGAAAAAAACAGACGCUAAAGAUUGCCAUUCACAUGAGACUUCUGGCGUAUUUCGCCGAACAUAACUGAUUAGAAAUUACAGUAAAAACAGAAAUGAUUGAAUGUAAAUCAGUUUAUAUACAUUCAUAUUACAUUAUUAUAUGCGUUGCGACCCAUUUUUGUCAAUUUCUAGGUCCCAAAUAUUAGCGAUUUAGCUCCUUUAAGUUAGAAUUGGUCGAUUUGAAUAUUUACUUAGGAUUGAGUAAUUGACUAUCUUUGAAACUGGCAAGUAGACCAUCUAAAAAGAAUUCAAUUGCACUGUGUUCAUGUACUUUGAUGCAUAGUUAUACUUUUGUGUAAAAUUGUAAAUUAAAUUGCAUAUGUUUAUACCAUAUAUAUUUGUUAUAUGCAGGAAACGCAUAAACUAAAAUAAUGUUAUAUUAUGUAUUAAUUCAAAAUUGAUGGUUGAAUCUUUUUUGUAAACAUACAUUAGAAAUAUCUUUCUAUAUAGAUCUGAUCAAAUUUUAAAUUUUUGUUGACAUUUGUUUGACCACUGGAAAAUGAAUUGUAUUGAGAAAUAUUUGAAUAAUGUGUUGUUCAUGUACAUACAUAUUAAUGUUAUUGUAUUUAUUGCAUAUUUUGCAUUGAAAAUUAACUCUUCAACUGACAGUUAAAUAUAUCUUAGUCCAGUAUAAUUAUGUCAUGUGUUUAGCCCACAAACUUAAAUUUUAUCCGAAAGUGUAUUUUAAUCACCAGGAAAAACGGAAUUAUUGACUCAUAAUACAUGUAAGUUAAUUAUUGCGUGUGCUGCGGUUUUCGGCCACCCUUCGUUCAUAAUGCACCGGGGUUUUUUUUAUGCAAAAUGUGGUUGUAAUUCUUGAGAUAUUCGUUGAGAUAUAUUUGUUUCGAUUGUUUGAAUAUAUACAGCUCAAACUAAUAACCAUCAAUCCUGUAAAUCAUAUUUUGCAUCUCCACUGUGGAGGAGUUUGUAUACACUACUGGUCAAUAACUGAUGUUCUUCGUUCGAAAGUUCGAAACAUAGAAUUAUAUAACUCGAAAUAUGUUAUUUUUGAUCCUUCCGGAGAAUAUUAAGGGUUGUUUUAAUAUUGCUUAAUUUAUGGCGCGACUUGUACAGUAGCCAAAUGCUUCCAGGGCCACUGCAUGUCAAAUAAAGUGACUAAUAAAAAGAUCUAGUCUUCGGGUCAAUCGACAAAAAAAACCCCCACAAUUAUUGAUGCACUGGUUCGUGGGAUAUGUACUCCCUAAUCAUAUGGUAAGAACAGCCAAUUUUGGCAGCUUCGCAAAUUUCGCUUUUGGCAGAUCCAAUUAACUCGAGAUGGUGAGGUGGUUUUCUUUCCUUUUUUGGCCAUGUUCACUUUAAUCUAUACUAUUCAAAAAAAGUAGGGGAUAUUUGAUUUUUAAGUGUUAUUAAAGUCACCUAAUGAAACUGACGAAGAAACAAAUGACAAAAUGAAAUGAAGUUCACAUUCAUCGAUUUAUUCCAAAUGAUCGUUAGACUAAGUAAGGCACAGACUGACCAUUAUAAGGGUAAAAUGAUACCCGGGGUCAAACAGCAAAGUUACCACAGCAUCACAACCAAGUCAGUAACGGGUAAAUCCUCCUCUGUUUGCCAAACAAGCAUUGAUCCGACGUGGCAUACUCCUAAUGAGACGUCUAAGGUCAUUUUGGUCCAGAUUGUCCCAUUUCUGUUGCAACGCAGCAGCAAGUUCUUGGACAUUGGCAGGACGUUGUUGACGUUGACGUAACCUCUGUCUAAGCAUGUCCCAGACAUGCUCGAUGGGGGAGAGGUCGGGACUCAGUGCUGGCCAAGGUAAUGUGGUGAUGUUCUGUUGUUGGAGGUAACCUGUAACGAUCCUGGCCCUGUGACAUCUUGCGUUGUCAUCCUGGAAGAUGAAACGGCGGCCAUGACGUCGUGCGAACGGCACAACAUGGACUGCCAAGAUGUUGUCCCGGUAGUACUGGCCUGUAACACGCCCUGCAACAACAUGUAAAGCCGUUCUUCCAGCAACAGUGAUGCCUCCCCACACCAUAACAGAACCACCCCCAAAUCGA